AGUGUUUAGGAUAAGAGUUACACCUUGGAGCUGCUGAUGUGCUUGUCAAAAUUAUUAAAAGAGAAGUCGACAGCCGAGCUGAGCACUUGACAGAACUGCUCAUUAUGCAUUCAGUCGAGUCUUGCGGACUUCAAAACAGUCUAAUGUCUCUUUAAGAACAAAGCCUCGUUGAGUCUAAGCAGCGUCGGCUAACAUCUCCAAUUAAAUGAAUGGAAAGCUCAGGCUAACUGAACUCAGUUAAUGCUGUCUCACCAUGCCGUCUUACGAAGAAUGGAGGAAAACCAUUCACUUCUAUUAUUUCCUUAAAUUCUCUCUAAAUGUCUAUUCGAUGCUGUUUUCGCUGCUCGGUCUGUGUGUGCUGUGUAUCGGAGUGUAUGCCGAAGUGGAGCGGCAGAAGAAUCGCACCCUGGAGGGCGUGUUUUUGGCUCCCGCCGUGGUCCUCAUACUGCUGGGUCUUGUCAUGUUCACUGUGUCUGUGAUUGGAAUGGUGGGUUCCCUCAGGGACAACAAGACUCUGCUGCACAUGUUUCUUUGCGUUCUGUGUGUCUUGCUGGCUCUUCAAGCAGUUGCCCUUAUCAUUGCUCUGAUCUUCGAAAAGACGACAAUCAAAUUGUUUCAAAACAGCAUACGGGAGGGAAUCAAGCACUACUACGAUGACCUGGACUUCAAAAAUAUAUUGGAUUAUGUGCAAGAGAAGUUUUCUUGUUGUGGAGGAGACGAGUAUAAGGAUUGGGAAGUUAACCAGUACCACCUCUGCGAUGGCAAGAGUCCUUUGGCCUGUGGCGUUCCUUACACCUGCUGCAUCCGUCAAAGUGUGGGAGAAGUUGUGAACACCCUCUGUGGCUACAAAACUCUCCAUCAGCAGCGUGAAGCUUUAGAUGGUGUAAUUCACGUGCGUGGCUGUAUCCAUGCUGUGAACCUCUGGAUGGGAGAUAACAUCGGGGCUACUAUUGGCAUGUGCUGCGCGGUCGGACUGCCACAGCUUCUUGGUAUUCUCCUGAGCUGUGUCUUCUGGAAUCUUUUGGUGGAGAUGAGCGAGUCUCAAGACAUGGUGGACUUUAAGUUCCUGAAACGUGCUGGUUAUAAGUACAGCGAGCUGGACCUCUCAGGUGCCGGAUGGUGUAUGUGUUUACCUCGUGAAGAAGGAUAUCUCCCAGUACCUGUAGCAGAGCCUGACACUUGGGCUCCAGACCCCAGCCCGCUCUACCAGGAGCAAGAGUUCACACAUUUCCAACUGGAGAGCAAAGGACCACAGUCAGGUAUGGGAAUGGAUGAAGUGGACAAUCGAGCUUAAGAACCACAAAGAAAACUGUAUAUAAACAUGUUUGCCGUUUCACACUGUGAAAACGUGAAAAAGUGAGUUAGUUGCACUACAUGUUAAUAAUGUUUUAGGCAUGAAAAAAAGAGAGUUUUGUAUAAAAUAUUCAAUGCUAGAAGGAAUCAAGUUAGGAAUCUUGGUACACUUUAUAAUAACUACACAUUAUGAAUCAUUUGUUAAGCAUUAGCAAAUAGUUUCUUGAUUAUUUGUUAAGCAUAUUAAGCACUACAUUAAUAUGUUAGACGUUAGUAAGCAGUUUAUAAAUACAGCUACAAGUGCUGUAUUCUAGACUUAGUAGCACAUGUAUAAUGUGUUUAAUG